CGCGGUUUGUGUUGUUUCCGCACUUCAGACACCGCCAGAACACUGCAGGCAACAUCUUGAUGGUUUAAACAAUCACCAGAAAUAGCGAGGAGUUGUAAGAUCAUUGAAAUCGGACAAAAUCCCAACAAAAAUGGCAUCGGUGGCUACGAACAUCAGUAACACUAUCAAAGAUGGUGUCCUCAGUUAUAUCGAAAAUGUGCGAAGUGGGAAUGUCGAUGUUUUGGAUAUGUUCCUGGUUGGAUGGGUCGUUUUUGCUGCAGUUACCAUCCUGGUAACAUCAUGGGUGACCACGAUUCUCACCAAACGUAGACAAGCAGCUAUUGAUUCCGGAAAAGUGCAAGGCGGUAGUCCAUCGCGACAGAAGUCGAUGGUCGCAGAAAGCUCUGAAUGGAUCAACUCUACGAUUGCAUGGCUUUACAUGCACCAAAGCCAAUCUCCUGAAUUCGUACACUCCUGGAUUAGAGCACUCAAUGAUCAAGCCAAGAAACAAGGGAGCUCAGUGCAAGUGACCUUUGACCGUGUGAAAACAGGAAGUUUACCACCGAAAGUAACCAACGUAAGAAGCGAUGCUGGACCCAGAGAUAUACUGACAAUUCCGAUGCCAUUUGGAGGCCAGUAGUUUGUCAUUUGUUGUAUUCGCAACCCAGCAAACGUCAGCCAGCGUCAAGUUAUCAACAUGCGAGGUACAGGUAGAAAAACUUUCCGGCGAGGU